CGAGGAAGCUAAUGUGACAAAGAAAGCUAAUAAAAAUUUGCCUCAUGUGUCACCUUCGCAUGAUAAUGAAGUGGUAGCUGGAGGCACUAAGGGUAAGAAUAAAAUUAGGUCCAAAAAAACCACCUCUAAAUCUUCUUUCAACCCAAAAAGCGAAAGGCUCCUUCUCCCUCUCCUUCUUAUUCUGAAGAUGAUACUCUCCUUCUCCCUAAUAACCCUGAGUCUGAGUCCUCUAUGGGACAGUUGUCAAGUGUUUUCUAUGACACAUUAUGUGGUGUUGAUAAUACCUCACUGGGCCGUGCUUGUGAAGCGGUGGUUAAGAUAUGUGACGCCCAUUCUUUAUGUCGCGAAUCUCUUCGGGGAGUUGCCUCUGCAUUGAAUCCAAAUUUUCAAUUUGCAAUUGGAUCUUUGUACGCCCGUAUGUCUCAUGCUGUCACUUCUGAUCUUCAAAGGAAUAUUCGCACUCUGAAAGCAGAAAAUACCAAGCUCAAGGGAGAUUACUCUUCUAGAUCCAGCCGCGUGGAAGAACUCCUCAAUAAAAAUGAUCAAUUAAUUGAUGAUGAGAAGAAGUAUCUUGAGAAAAUUGAGAAUCUAGAGGCGAGAUGUUUCGCUCGUGACUCUAAGUACCGCAGAAAAAGAUGAGUGUCACUGUUUCCAAUUUGAGCAAGGAUGUUGUUCGCGUUCGUGACGCGGCUGUUAAGAAAGUCUGCAUCGAUAAUAACAUUCCUCUGUCAAAUUAUAAUUUCACUGAAGUUUCUCCUAAUGAAGAAGGUUCUGACAUCUCUGCUAGUGAGGGAGAAUAUGAGGAAUAUGAAGAGACUGAUGAGGAGGGCAGUGGUUCUGAGGCUGAGGAGGGUAAUGAAGAUGACAUAGGUGGGAAAUAGUUAUUCUUUCUGAAGAUCUUUUCUCUCUUUUCACACUUGUAAAUUCUUUGUCAGUUCUUUGUAUAUCGGAUAUUUCCUAGUCUCUGAGACUUUUUCUUCAAUGUGAAUUUCUAAGAAUUUGAUGCU